AUAAAAUUUAUGUGAUACAUUUUAAAUUUCGAAUUCAAACAAGGAAGGGAGUAUCAUCUUUCUCUUAUUUAUACAGAGCAGUUGUUUCUCUGUUUCCUUCUAAUUUUGCUCUGCAACUCUCUGUUUCCACAAUGUACAGUCUCCAAUGGAAAACUCCAAUGCUGCUUUCUCUUUUAGCUAUCUUCAUUAUCGUCUCUCUCACAUUCUUCACUUCUCUCUCAAAAAACUCUUCAGAAACAGUACACAUUCAUGUCCACAAAAACAUUCAAAUCGCGCAUUCUCAUUGUGAAGACGCACUUUACAAACAGCUCUGCGUCUCUACUCUCGCUUCACUUCCAGAUCUCCCUCAAAAAUCCAUUUCUCAAAUAAUAUCUUCCACUAUCAAUGUCACAGUUGUGGAAGUUAAAGCUUCUGCGAAAAACUGUACUGAUAUUCGUGAGGAUUUGCCUAAACUUGAGCCAUACGAAAAACGUGCUCUCGAAGAUUGUAUUCAGCUCUUGGAUAAUACUAUUAUUGAACUUAAAAGUAGUCUGGUUGCUCUUCAUCCUAAUAGAUCUCUUUCGCAGAACUAUAACGAUUUGCAAACUCUUCUUAGUGCUGCAAUGACGAAUCAAGCAACGUGCCUCGACGGACUUGGUCGUAGUACGAAGAAUUUGAGACGAUUUGUUCAGCGUCGCCUGCAUACAAUUUCUCACCAUGUGAGUAAUUGUUUGGCAAUGCUGAAGAAAUUGAAGAAAUCAUCCUCGUCGUUGAAGACGAGGAAAUCUCUGGAGAUUUAUCCGGAAUAUGGCGUUGUACAUGACGGUUUCCCCAAUUGGAUUAAGAGGAGAGACAGAGCACUUUUACAAACUCCGAUUAAUCAGACGAAGAUCGAUUUGAUUGUUGCUAAGGACGGUACUGGUAAUUUUAGUACAAUUAACGAAGCAUUGAGUGCAGCUCCAAAUUCCAGUAGAACGAGAUUUGUGAUUUACAUUAAGGCGGGAGCGUAUUUUGAAUAUGUUGAAGUAGUGAAAAAGAAGAGCAUGAUAAUGUUCCUCGGAGAUGGAAUCGGAAAAACGUUGAUAAAGGGAAAUCGUAGCGUCGUCGAUGGAUGGACUACUUUCCGAUCUGCUACUGUCGCUGUUGUGGGAAAUGGAUUUUUAGCAAAGGGUAUUACAUUUGAAAACUAUGCUGGACCAAGCAAGCACCAAGCAGUUGCAGUUAGAAGUGGCUCAGAUCUCUCUGCUUUCUAUCAAUGUAGCUUUGUAGCAUAUCAAGACACUCUGUACGUACAUUCCCUUCGACAAUUCUAUCGCGAUUGUGAUGUUUAUGGUACUGUAGACUUCAUAUUUGGUAACGCAGCAGUCGUGUUACAAAAUUGCAACCUAUAUGCUCGUAAACCAAACGACAACCAAAAGAACAUAUUCACAGCACAAGGAAGAGAAGAUCCUAAUCAGAACACUGGGAUUUCAAUUUUGAGUGGUAAAAUUGCAUCUGCUGCUGACUUGAUUCCAGUAGAAUCGACGUUUAAAAAUUACUUAGGACGGCCCUGGAAAGAAUAUUCCAGGACGGUUUUUAUGCUAACGCAUAUUGGUAGCUUGAUUGAUCCUGCUGGAUUCUUAGAAUGGAAUGGUAGUUUCGCGUUGAGUACGCUAUAUUAUGGAGAGUAUAUGAACAGAGGACCGGGUUCUAAUACGAGUGCUAGGGUUACAUGGCCUGGUUAUAGGGUUAUUAACACUUCUGCUGAGGCUAGUUUGUUUACUGUGGGGAAUUUCAUUGAAGGAAAAGAAUGGCUACCAGAUACUGGAUUUCCAUUUUACGUUAACUUAACUGCCUCUUAAUUGUUUGGAUUAGAAUUCAAAUCAAAGAUUGUAGCUUGUAAUUCUUGAUGAAGUUAAUGUUAUUUGUAUUAGUACUACUUGUUAAGUUAUUAUUAUUACUAGUAUAUGAUAAAGUUGGGUUGAAAUUCAAUGA